AAUUAGAAAGAUGACGCCAAAUAAAAAUUAUCACACGAUUUUCUUGAUAGUCUUUGUUUUGAUUUCAAUUCAUUUAACUCAAUCAUUCAUUCUUCCAGAAGUAGAAGUUGGUUCUUCUGAGCCACGUGAGUUUGAUGCUUUACCUAUUGAAGCUGGUGUCGAGAUUUCUGAUGCUGUUGUUGUAAAAGCUGUGGAAAUCCCUGAAGAAAAAAUUACCUAUGAAGGCAGUCAAGUAUGGAGAGUUCUUGCAGAUCGUGAACAAGCUGAUUUUGUUUCUUAUCUUCAAGAAACUGGAGAAGUGUCAAAGUGGACAGGUAAUGAUUCCACGGUUGACGUCCUUGUACGUCCAGAUAUGAUUCCACGUGUGUCACGAUUCUUACGUGAACGUCAAGUGAAGUAUGAUGUGAUUAUCCCUGACCUCCAGCAAGCAAUAGACCAAGAGAAUCCUUUACCAUCCCAGGAAGAACUGGAAGAACUGGAAGGAAGAAAAGCUCGUUACAUUUGGUGGAAGCAAUUCAAGUUGCGACGUAAAUUCCUUAUACGACCAUAUCUCCCUCUUCGUUACCCUGUAGCUAGAAUUGAUGGUGAUGGAAAAGGCAAUUGGCAAUUCAGGGGUCAUCGAAUGGAAUGGACAAGUUAUCAUCGGUUAGAAGACAUUCAUGGAUAUCUUGAUUAUCUUGCUGAAACUUUUCCUGAAAUUUGUUCAGUGAUGUCUAUAGGAAAUUCUUUUGAAGGCAGACCUUUGAAGGUCCUGCGCAUUAGUAAAGGUGAUCCGAAUGUUCCUGCUAUUUGGAUAGAUGGUGGUAUCCAUGCUCGAGAAUGGAUUUCCCCUGCUUCUGUAACAUACAUAAUUAAUUACUUGGUAGAGAAUAGUGAUGAUUUACAAGCAGAUUACUAUAUUUUACCAGUUGUAAAUCCUGAUGGAUAUGAAUAUACUUUCCGGGGUGAUCGAUUGUGGAGAAAAAAUCGAAGCAGUCCAGAGAAAGGUGGUGUUUGUAUUGGAGUAGAUCUCAACAGAAACUUUGGAUAUCGUUGGGGAGGUCUUGGAACCAGUAAACAGCCUUGUAGAGAAAUUUUUGCCGGUACUGGUCCAUUCUCUGAACCAGAAACUGCAGCAAUCAAAAAUUUCUUUGAAGCCAGUGCAGCUAAUUUCAAGGCAUACCUGUCAUUUCAUAGUUAUGGACAGUAUAUUCUUUACCCUUGGGGAUAUGACAGAAGAGUCCCUCCUGAUUAUGCCGAUUUAGAACGAGUUGGACAACAAUCAGCGUUAGCAAUGAAGUCUGCAGGUGGUGUUGGAAGUGUUUAUACAGUUGGUAAUAGCGCAACAACUCUUUACGCUGCUUCAGGAGGUUCUGAUGAUUGGGCAAAAGCUGUUCUUAAAGUCAAAUAUGCUUAUACAAUUGAAUUGCGAGAUACUGGCAAAAGUGGUUUCAUCCUUCCGGCUAGAUACAUUAUUCCUACAGCUAAAGAGGCUCUUGCUGCUGUUUUAACUGUUACUGAAGCCUGCAAAAAAUUAUAAUCGAUAAACUACACAACAAUUAUUGCUAUUGUUAAUGAUUGAGAAGAGUGUGAUAUUAUAUUUAAUUUAUAAUGAGCAAAUUUAUUUUUUUAUUCCAAUUGUGAUUAAUAAAAAUAUAACGUUA